UCCAGUCUCUCUCUCUCUCUCUCUGACGGCUGGACUGAGGAAUUAUGAGCAAAGCUCUUCCCGCCUCUGACACCCUGUCUUGAAUCAUUCUGUGUUUCCCAACCGAACCGAACCGAACCGAGGCGAGCAUGGAGACCGGACUCUGCAUCCUCCUGACUUUCCUCCUCCAGCAGAUCGCUCACGCAGGCGGCCGAGCGGACGGCGGCCAUGACGGCUGUGUCCCCGGCUUCCAGGUCAGGAACUACCAGCUGGUGUUGAGCGGACCGCUGCAGAAAGGCCAGCCGCUUCUACAAGUGGAGUUUGAUGACUGCGCGGGGAACGAGGAUGUGUCGUUUGAAGUGUCAGACCCCAGCUUCCACGUGGACGGAGACCUGAACCUGGUUCCCCACCGGGACGUGGAGUCCUGCGGGCCCGUGCUGCUGGUCCACGGCUUCGGAUCGCACGCAGACGACCGGGCGCAGGUGGACGUCUCCGGACUUCCUGUCCGGUCAGAGAACACGCUCAGGGAGGUUCUGGGCCUCGGCCAGAAGCCACCGUACCGAUGGAAGAGAGCGCUCCUUGUCCCGCCGAUGAGCGUCACUGAGAACCAGAGGGCGCCGUUUCCACGGCACAUCGGCAAGUCUCAUGUAAUUUUGACUGAGAAGCCAGUGCACCAUAUCUUCCGACUGACAGGCCCCGGCGCUGACCAAUAUCCCAAAGGUCUUUUCACCAUUGACAUAGACACAGGAGACGUGUCAGUCAGCCGCUCACUGGACCGAGAGGCCAUCGACUCCUACCAGCUGGAGGUUUCCGCCACAGACUUCUCUGGGAACGUCAUCGAGGGACCCGUCAUACUCGUCGUCACCGUCAUCGACCAAAACGACAACCGGCCCAUCUUCAAGGAGUCCCGCUACACAGGAGAGGUUCUGGAGGGAUCGCCCACAGGAACCACAGUGAUGACCAUGACGGCGUUCGACGCAGACGACCCCAGCACCGACAACGCCGUGCUGCGCUACAACAUCAUCAGGCAGUCGCCGGACAAACCUUCGCCCAACAUGUUCUACAUCGACGCAGAGAAAGGCGACAUCGUCACCGUCAUUUCUCCGUCGUUACUGGACAGGGAGACUCUCCCAACUACGACGUAUGAAUUAGAGAUCGUGGCCAAGGACAUGGCAGGAAGUGAGGUGGGCCUCACAGGAACAGCGACGGCCACCAUCACCAUCACAGAUAAGAACGACCACGCCCCGGAGUUCACCCAUCCUCUGUUUGAGGCUCGUGUGCAUGAAGGCUCCCGAGGCGUCGUGGUCAACCUGACGGUGGACGACCGGGACGACCCGGCCACGGGCGCCUGGCGAGCCAUGUACUCCAUCAUCAGCGGAGAUCCCAAACAGAGCUUUGAGGUCCAAACCAACCCAGACAACAACGAAGGAAUGCUGUCAGUGGUCAAGCCUCUGGACUACGAGACCACGGCGUUCCACACGCUCCUCAUCAGAGUGGAGAACGAGGAUCCUUUGGUUCCCGACGUCGGCUACGGUCCCAGCUCCACGGCAACCGUCCACGUCACAGUGGAGGACAUCAACGAGGGACCCGUCUUCUUCCCGGACCCCCUGGUUGUCACCAGGAUGGAGAACAUCCCAGUGGGCAGCUUCGUGGCGUCACUCAAUGCCUCAGACCCGGACAUACUGGAGACACAGAGCAUCAGAUAUGCGGUUCUGAGCGACCCGGCGGCCUGGCUGAGUGUGAACCCGGUCAGAGGAACCGUCAACACCUCGGCCUCUCUGGACCGGGAGUCUCCGUAUGUCCAGGCGAAUAAAUACACGGCUCUGUUCGUCGCCACAGACAACGGCACGCCUCCGGCCACAGGGACGGGGACGCUCAUCAUCCAUCUGGAAGACUACAACGACAACGCCCCGUUCGUGGUGCCGUCGGUGGCGCAGGUGUGUGAGGACGCCGGCGACAUGAACGUAGCCGUGGUCGCGGGACGGGACAGAGACUUGGCGCCCAACGCGGCGCCGUUCAAGAUAGAACUGGGGAAACAACCGGGCCUGGACAAAACAUGGAGGGUCACCAGAAUCAACUCCACUCAUUCCCAGAUCAUGCUCCUGCAGAGUCUGAAGAAAGCCAACUACCAGCUGCCGCUGCUCAUCACGGACUCAGGGGUGCCCCCUUUGUCCAACAGCACAGAGGUCAAAGUUCAGGUGUGCAUCUGUACAAAGACCAAGAGAUACUGCAGCUCCGCCCACUCCCACCGCACUAGCCUUGUUGUGCUGCUGUCGACGCUGCUGCUUGUCCGUCUCUGCUAAUUAUUCCUCUGGUUGAACUGAAUUUGUUGGAGCUGAAAUGAUCAGCGGAUCAUCCAGCGACACGAACCAGCAAAAAAUCAAAGCAACUGGUGGGAAAUGAUCUGACAGCAAAACCAGUAAGUUCAGAAACGUUAACCAAGUUUUUCUUCAUAACUGGCUGGAAACCAAACUCAGAAACAGCAAACAAUUCAAAUACUGGCUCAAAAACACACACAGAAACACAGAUUAUAUGCUCUAACUGACUUCCAUACCUCACAGAGACGAGAGCAGAACAGGAGAAAGUUUCAUCAUCAUCAUCAUCAUCAUGCAGGUUAUAUGAUGAACUCAGGCUCUUAUAUCAGUAGCUGCGUUUCCAUUGACUGUAAAUUUGCUCAAACUGGAAUUCAAACUAAAUUCUCUUAAUGAAAACAAAAACUCUGAAAAGACUAAAGUUUUAUUUUUACCGUGCUUCACUGAUAGGGGGCAGUGCUGAGCUCCACAGACAGAUGGGUGACAGAGAAGGAGAGGAGCAUGGAGUCAGGUCAUACAAGACUGAAAAUCUAAUAAAAGAUAAGAAAUCACACAACAAGACGUUUAAAGAAGAUCAGAUGUGACCUCAUAAUAAAUAUUUGUAUUUUUCUUGCUGUCAUUUUGUUGAAUAUUAUGGAAUUAAUUAAAAUAUAAUUAAAAGCUUUUAAAUCAACUAAAUGGAGAACCGGCUCAGUUUCUGCAACAACACGGAAUAAAAAGUUUCUAAGCCCAAAACUGAAGGAGAAGCUCAAACCUGGAAAAUGAUUUAUGGCUAAAAACCUCCUGGGAACAUUUUUAUUUUUAGCCUGAUGCUGCUUUAGGCUCAGCGGUGGGGAGGGCCGAGCGUCUUCACGGCCGGUUUUAUGACAUUAAAGCCUCUCUGAGUUCAGGAUGUGAUGUUUUCUGAUGCGUGGUUUUGUGCUGCAGACUUCCUGUCGCUGGCCAGACGCUGAGCCUCUGGUCGCAGCGUUCAUACUCUGCUGAGGAGAAACAUCUUUAGCGUUCCCAAUCCCCCAUGAUGCAUCAGGGCUGUGACGCUCAGACUGGAGCAGCAAUAUGUGAGAUAUGGAUGAACAUCUCUGCCCCAGGAGACUCUCAGGAGAGACAUCCAUCUCUCUGUCUGAAGGGCCACAGACACAUGCAGGACUUCCUGCUGCUAUAUUAGCACUUUUAUUAGAAUCAGGUUUGGGACAGCAGAAACCCUCCGCAGUCAUCCGUCUGAAUGAUCCGUCCUCUGCUCCUCCUCGGUGAUGGAUGGCGCGGCCCAGCAGGGAGCCUCGCAGUCCCUGCGAUUGGUGCCGCUGCCUGUCUCAAGCCUCCUGAAGGAGCAGAGAACAGAACCACUCCGAACCCGGGCUCCAUCAUUCUCCUCCACCUCCCGCUCUGUCCUCACUUCCUCUCUGCUGAACAUUCAUUAAAACAUCUAAACGGUUUGAUCCGA